AUCAUCGACAACCCGCUCGACACCUCGCGUGUGGUUCAAGAGGAAGCGUUCGCCCCUAUCCUCCCCGUUAUGAAGUGGUCUGAUGAGGAGGACGUGGUCAAAAAGGCUAAUGCACUAGAAAGAGGCUUGGGUGCCUCCGUUUGGAGCAAGGACUUUGAGCGCGCUACCCGUAUUGCAGACCAAUUGGAGUCUGAUGUGGUCUGGGUGAACUCACAUUUUGAUGCUUCGCCGACAGCGCCGUUUGGUGGGUACAGACAGAGUGGUAUCGGUGUUGAAUGGGGUCUAACUGGACUAUUGGGAUACUGUAACUCGCAGACGCAGUGGUUGAAGAAGUGCUUCUAG